CAGCUCCGCGGGUCCAGCCGAGCCAGUCCGCAGUCCCGGCCCCCAGGACGACUCGGCCUGCCGCAGGGUCUCCAUUUGAGGUUAUUCUAACACCUAAGCCCCUAUUACCAUUUUCAUCAUGGGCUUCCACCUGGCUCUGGUGUGGACACUCCUGGUUGGGCCAUGGAAUGUCAUAGGUGCGCAGAACUCCAUUUCGUGGGAGGUGCAGCGAUUUGAUGGGUGGUACAACAACCUCAUGGAGCACAGAUGGGGCAGCAAAGGAUCUCGGCUACAGCGCUUGGUCCCAGCCAGCUAUGCAGAUGGCGUGUACCAGCCCUUGGGAGAACCCCACCUGCCCAACCCUCGAGACCUAAGCAACACUGCCAUGAGGGGCCCCGCAGGGCAGGCCUCCCUUCGAAACCGAACGGUGCUGGGGCUCUUCUUUGGCUACCACGUGCUCUCGGACCUGGUGAGCAUCGAGACCCCCGGCUGCCCCGCCGAGUUCCUUAACAUCCACAUCCCGCCUGGAGACCCGGUGUUCGAUCCCCACCAGCGCGGGGACGUCGUGCUGCCCUUCCAGAGGAGCCGCUGGGACCCCAAGACUGGACAGAGUCCCAGCAACCCCAGGGACCUGGUGAGGACAGACAGGCAGGCGGCGGGGCAGGGAGGGGGUGGAGGCGAGGCUGCUGGGACCCGGGGCCGCUCCUCUCCCGCCUACAGCCGCCUGGGGUCCCCGACCCCGGCUCACCCGCCCCGGGUCCCCCCAGACCCNNNCAGCGGGCAGCGCGUGCCCCGGGGGCUGUACGCCUUCGGGGCCGAGCGAGGGAACCGCGAGCCCUUCCUGCAGGCGCUGGGCCUGCUCUGGUUCCGCUACCACAACCUGUGGGCGCAGAGGCUGGCCGGCGAGCACCCGCGCUGGGGCGACGAGGAGCUGUUCCAGCACGCGCGCAAGAGGGUCAUCGCCACCUACCAGAACAUCGCUCUGUAUGAGUGGCUGCCCAGCUUCCUGCACGUGACACCCCCGGAGUAUGCAGGAUACAGACCAUUUUUGGACCCCAGCAUUUCCCCGGAGUUUGUAGCCGCCUCUGAGCAGUUCUUCUCCACCAUGGUGCCCCCUGGCGUUUACAUGAGAAAUGCCAGCUGCCACUUCCAGAAUGUCAUCAAUCAGGACUCAAGUGUCUCCAGGGCUCUCCGGGUCUGCAACAGCUACUGGAGCCGAGAGCACCCAAACCGACAGAGCGUUAAAGACGUGGAUGCGCUGCUGCUGGGCAUGGCCUCCCAGAUCGCCGAGCGAGAGGACCAUGUGGUGGUUGAGGAUGUGCGAGAUUUCUGGCCUGGGCCACUGAAGUUUUCUCGCACAGACCACUUGGCCAGCUGCCUGCAACGGGGUCGGGAUCUGGGCCUGCCCUCUUACACCAAGGCCAGGGCAGCCCUGGGCCUGCCUCCCAUCACCCAUUGGCAGGACAUCAACCCUGCACUCACCCGCAGUGAUGGCACUUCCCAGGUGCUGCAGGCCACAGCCGCCCUGUACAACCAGGACCUGUCUCAGCUGGAGCUACUCCCAGGGGGGCUCCUGGAGAGCCACGGGGACCCCGGGCCCCUGUUCAGCACCAUCGUCCUUGACCAGUUCGUGCGCCUGCGGGAUGGUGACCGCUACUGGUUUGAGAACACUAGGAAUGGACUAUUCUCUGAGAAGGAGAUUGCAGAGAUUAGAAACACUUCCCUACGGGACGUUCUAGUGGCUGUCACCAACAUGAACCCUGGUGCCCUGCAGCCCAAUGUCUUUUUUUGGCUUCUGGGAGACCCCUGUCCACAACCAAGACAGCUCAGCACCGAGGGCCUGCCAGCCUGCACUCCCCUCGUCGUUCGAGACUAUUUCAAAGGCAGUGGAUUUGGCUUCGGGGUCACCAUUGGGACUCUCUGCUGCUUCCCCCUAGUGAGCCUGCUCAGCGCCUGGAUUGUUGCCCGGCUCCGGAUGAGGACUUUCAAGAGGCUCCAGGGCCAGGACCGCCAGAGUAUCAUGUCUGAGAAGCUCGUGGGGGGCGUGGAAGCUUUGGAAUGGCAGGGCCGCAAGGAGCCCUGCCGGCCUGUGCUCGUGCACCUGCAGCCGGGGCAGAUCCGCGUGGUGGACGGCGGGCUCACUGUGCUCCGCACCAUCCAGCUGCGGCCCCCACAGCAGGUCAACCUCCUCCUGUCCAGCAACCGUGGGCGCCGCACCCUGCUGCUCAAGAUCCCCAAGGAGUAUGACCUGGUACUGUUGUUUAACGUGGAGAAUGAGCGGCAGGCGCUGGUGGAAAACCUCCGGGCAGCUCUGAAGGAGAAUGGGCUGAACUUCCAGGAGUGGGAGGUUCGAGAGCAGGAGCUGAUGAGGGCCGCUGUGACACGGGAGCAGCGGAGCCACCUCCUGGAGACCUUUUUCAGGCACCUUUUCUCCCAGGUGCUGGACAUCAACCAGGCAGAUGCAGGCAGCCUGCCCCUGGACUCGUCACAGAAAGUGCGGGAGGCCCUGACCUGUGAGCUGAGCAGGGCUGAGUUUGCUGAGUCCCUGGGCCUCAAGCCCCAGGACAUGUUUGUGGAGUCCAUGUUCUCUCUGGCCGACAAGGAUGGCAAUGGCUACCUGUCCUUCCGGGAAUUCCUGGACAUCCUGGUGGUCUUCAUGAAAGGCUCCCCUGAAGAGAAGUCUCGCCUCAUGUUCCGAAUGUACGACUUUGAUGGGAAUGGUCUCAUUUCCAAGGAUGAGUUCAUCAGGAUGCUGAGGUCCUUCAUCGAGAUCUCCAAUAACUGCCUGUCCAAGGACCAGCUGGCCGAGGUGGUGGAGUCCAUGUUCCGGGAGUCGGGCUUCCAGGACAAGGAGGAGCUGACAUGGGAGGACUUCCACUUCAUGCUGCGGGACCAUGACAGCGAGCUCCGAUUUACACAGCUCUGCGUCAAAGGGGUGGAGGUGCCCAAAGUGAUCAAGGACCUCUGCCGCCGAGCCUCCUACGUCAGCCAGGAGAAGAUCUGUCCGUCUCCCAGAGUGAGUGCCCGCUGUUCGCGCAGUGAUGUCGGGACUGAGAUGACACCACCGAGACUUCAGUGUCCCAAGGACAUGGACCCUCCCCAGGAGAUUCGACGGAGGUUUGGCAAGAAGGUAACGUCGUUCCAGCCCUUGCUGUUCACCGAGGCGCACCGAGAGAAGUUUCAGCGCAGCCGUCGCCACCAGACCGUGCAGCAGUUCAAGCGCUUCAUCGAGAACUACCGGCGCCACAUCGGCUGCGUGGCCGUAUUCUACGCCAUUGCAGGGGCGCUCUUCCUGGAGAGGGCCUACUACUACGCCUUUGCAGCGCACCACAAGGGCAUCACGGACACCACGCGCGUGGGCAUCAUCCUGUCGCGGGGCACGGCGGCCAGCAUCUCCUUCAUGUUCUCCUACAUCCUGCUCACCAUGUGCCGCAACCUCAUCACCUUCCUGCGGGAGACCUUCCUCAACCGCUACGUGCCCUUCGACGCCGCCGUGGACUUCCAUCGCCUCAUCGCCUCCACCGCCAUCGUCCUCACAGUCUUACACAGUGCGGGCCACGUGGUCAAUGUGUACCUGUUCUCCGUCAGCCCACUCAGCGUCCUCUCCUGCCUCUUCCCUGGCCUCUUCCAUGACAAUGGGUCUGAAUUCCCCCAGAAGUACUACUGGUGGUUCUUCCAGACCGUACCAGGCCUCACAGGGGUCAUCCUGCUCCUGGUCCUCGCCAUCAUGUACGUCUUCGCCUCCCACCACUUCCGCCGCCGCAGCUUCCGGGGCUUCUGGCUGACCCACCACCUCUACAUCCUGCUCUACGUCCUGCUCAUCAUCCACGGCAGCUUCGCCCUGAUCCAGCUGCCCCGCUUCCACAUCUUCUUCCUGGUCCCGGCGCUCAUCUACAUGGGGGACAAGUUGGUGAGCCUGAGCAGGAAGAAGGUGGAGAUCGGCGUGGUGAAGGCCGAGCUGCUGCCUUCAGGAGUGACCCACCUGCAGUUCCAGCGGCCCCAGGGCUUUGAGUACAAGUCAGGGCAGUGGGUGCGGAUCGCCUGCCUGGCUCUGGGGACCACCGAGUACCACCCCUUCACGCUGACCUCCGCGCCCCACGAAGACACGCUCAGUCUGCACAUCCGAGCAGCGGGGCCCUGGACCACUCGCCUCAGGGAGAUCUACUCCCCUGUGACGGGCGACGGCUGUGCCAGAUACCCGAAGCUCUACCUCGAUGGGCCGUUUGGAGAGGGCCACCAGGAGUGGCACAAGUUUGAGGUGUCGGUGCUAGUGGGAGGGGGCAUUGGGGUCACUCCUUUUGCCUCCAUCCUCAAAGACCUGGUCUUCAAGUCGUCAGUGAGCUGCCAAGUGUUCUGUAAGAAGAUCUACUUCAUCUGGGUGACGCGGACCCAGCGGCAGUUCGAGUGGCUGGCCGACAUCAUCCGGGAGGUGGAGGAGAACGACCACCAGGACCUGGUGUCCGUGCACAUCUACAUCACCCAGCUGGCCGAGAAGUUCGACCUCAGGACCACCAUGCUGUACAUCUGCGAGCGGCACUUCCAGAAGGUGCUGAACCACUUCCAGAAGGUGCUGACCCGGAGCCUGUUCACGGGCCUGCGCUCUGUCACCCACUUCGGCCGUCCCCCUUUCGAACCCUUCUUCAACUCCCUGCAGGAGGUCCACCCCCAGGUCCGGAAGAUCGGGGUAUUUAGCUGUGGCCCCCCUGGCAUGACCAAGAAUGUGGAAAAGGCUUGUCAGCUCAUCAACAGGCAGGAUCGGACCCAUUUCGCCCACCAUUACGAGAACUUCUAGGCCUUCUGCCCAAGGGCUCCACCCGUCGCCCAGCUGAGCAGAGGUUCAGACCCACACCUCACCUCUGUACUUCCUGUUGGCCCAGGGGGCCAUGAUUAGUCACCAUGUGUUGGCUCAGGGACCUCCAGUCUCAGUCUCGAGAAGUGGGGGCACUGCCUCGGGACUAGAGGUUGGUAACGGGAGGAGCUAUUAGUUUGGGGCAAAGCUUUUUUCUUCCAGGCUUGGGGGAGGGGGACUCAAACUGACAAGUAGCAUGCACGUGUAGGGUGCUGUGAACCUGAGGAUGAACUGGAAGCACAGAUGCUGGCAUCUCAGAAUCCUCCCCAGCCCUAAUCCUCUCCCUCUCUGGGCUCCCCACUUACAAAAGGGCUGGCACGUGCCUUGGAGGGGGUAGAGGCCAGACACACAACAAGUAAUUUAGAGAAGCCUCAGCACCCCAGUCCGACAGCACAGUUGAUCUCCCCAAGACUGUAAAUGCGUGCAGUAGUUAGGCCCUCGCCCAGUACCCAUGUACACAGAGCUCUUCAGCCCUUCUCUCCCUGCUCCAAACAUCUCCUUUACAAAUAAAUCACAUU